AUGUCUUUCACAUCAUCUUCUUUGUUAUCCAAGAAUCGUCAUGCCAUUCGAUCCAUUAGUUUGCCAACUCGAUCACACCCGAGCACGCUUCAAGUCGAAGAGGAACUUGUCAAAUUCAAAACUUGGGAGACAUCUGUUUCAUGUAUUUCUGACGCAGAAACAAUUUACCACGGUCUAACAAAUCUUGGUAGAUUGUAUACAUGUGUAGACGAUCUACUGAGUUUGCCACUGACCCGCCAAGCCCUUUUGCACCAUCAAUAUGAGAAAGUGGUCCAUGAGUUGGAGGAUCGAUCCAUGAGGCUUUUGGACAUUUGUGGCUCUUUCAGAGACAUUGUUUCACAAGUCAAGGCACAUGUAAGAGAUGUUCAAUCAGCAUUGAGGAGAAAAGGGGAUCUAAAUCAUCUGAACACAGAUGCUUCAUUCCUAAAGAAACUAAUCAAGGAUGCCAAAAAAAGUGUUGCGGAGUUUAAUCAAAUCGAUCAUGCUUACAGCGCAAAACCCUUAGAUAUUGUCCCUCAUCUUGCUUUGGUGAUUCAAAUACUAAGAGAAGUGAGUGAAGUCAGCAUUUCUGUCUUUAGAAGGCUCUUGUCCUAUUUGUCGAAAUCCAUUUCAAAGCCAAAGCCGACAACAAAAUGGUUCACAGUCUCAAAAUAUAUCCAAAAAGGACCAACUGAAUGCAAAGAUCAACAUCAUAUUCGUGUUGAGGCUUUAGAUUGCAACACUGAAAAUAUUGAGAAUGGUUUGGAGUGCUUGUUUAGGAAGUUAAUCAGAACAAGGGCUUCCCUCUUAAAUAUUAUAUCUGAUCACUAA